AUGCAUGCCAUGGACGAAGAUACAAUCAUCUCCGAGUUGGAACAGCCCUGGCAGCGGGAUCAAUUAGUAGAAGUCCGCACCGGGAAAGGGAAGCCGGUGUUUGGCCUCCCACUUCAGUCCGCCAUCUUCAAGUCUGUUCGCUAUGGAUCAGUUACCGUGGACAAACUGGGAUGCCGGGGUGAUGAACAUGUCUACGAAUUCCAUGGCGGCCCGGACAAGGCUUUAUUACAGUAUUGCUCGCGCCACUACGAUGUCUGGGGCAAAGAAUUACCCGGAAGUGAGCAUAUGUUCCGCGUUGGUGGAUUUGGCGAGAACUUGGUGGCGCGCAAAGCAAAUGAGCGCAAUACUUGCAUCGGAGACAUUGUCCGAAUUGGUCGCGACGUGGUUGCGCAGGUUAGCCUACCCCGACAGCCAUGCUACAAACUCAAUCAUCGAUUCCAAGAAAAGAACAUGUCACGAUUCACCCAGGAAAAGUUUCGAACGGGCUGGUUCUAUCGUAUUCUCCAGGAGGGCUCUAUUCAUGCGGGCGACGAUAUCGAGCUUAUGAAGCGUCCAUAUCCGGAAUGGACGGUAGCUCGAGUCCAACACUACCUCUAUAUUGAAAAGGAGAACUAUGAGAUGAUGAAAGUCUUGGCUAAUAUGGCGGAAUUGGGCGGUGAAAUUCGAGAUAUCUUCAAGAAUCGACUCAACAAGAUAUUCGAGAAUCAAGAGGCGCGAUUGCUGGGUGACGAGUCCAUGGCUCUUAACAUGUGGGCCGACUAUCGACUCGCGGAAAAACGAAAGGAAACACCCACCGUAGAGGUUUUUGUUUUCGAAGCAGUUCAGCCUAUCGAAUCCCCAGAGAAUGCCCUACCAGGCACACACGUGCGCGUGAAAUUGGGUGGUCGUCUGAUCAGAGCCUAUUCAGUGGUUGGAGGAAACCAGAACCGUUUCACGCUAGGGGUAGCCCUGGACCGAGAUACCACUCGAGGAGGCUCCCUCUAUCUUCAUGAGACUAUUAGUGAAGGCGACACUAUCAGUAUCAGCAAAUUUGCCUCGACUUUUCCUCUAGCGAGUGAGGCUGACCACCAUACCCUCAUCGCCGGAGGUAUUGGAAUCACCGGAUUGCUUGCAUCUGCCCGGGAAUUACAACAAAGGAAUGUGCCAUACCAUCUUCACUACGUGGUCAGAUUCCCAGAUGAGGUGGCGUUUACGCCAUAUCUACAAACUCUGUCCAAUGUGACUAUCUAUUCUAAGAAGCUCAGCAAACCAUUCGACGUGUCAAAAGCGCUUCAGCUAGCCAACAGCAAUACCCACAUCUACUGCUGCUCAGGGGAGAGAUUGAUGAAUGCCGUUCGGGAAACAGCAGAUGAACUCGGGCUUCCCAAAGAAAACGUCCAUUUCGAGUCAUUCCAAGCAAACAGCACUGGCGACCCAUUUACUGCCGAACUGGCUGAGACCAAAAAGGAGGUGGACGUGGGGUCGGGGGAGAGUCUUCUGGAUGCGCUUCGAUCUGCCGGAUUUGAUAUCCCAUCUACAUGUGAGGCCGGCAACUGCGGGACUUGCCGUGUUGGUGUUCGCAGUGGUCGAGUUGAACAUCGCGGUACCGGAUUACUUGACAAUGAAAAGGACACCGCGAUGCUUAGCUGUGUCUCCAGAGGGGUCGGUCGAGUCGUGCUUGAUCUUUAG